AGUUUUUGAGUUCUGUCGGUACCAAAAAAAAUAAAAAAAUUUUGUCAGCACACAAGAAAGAAUGGGGAAAGAAGAAGAAGAGAGCCCUAAUUCCAUGUGCAUACUUCCCGAGCUGCUUGAAGAGAUAUUCAUUAGACUACCAUUGAAAUCGAUACUCAGAUUCAGAACCGUAUCAAAACAUUGUAGAUCACUCAUCCUCGAGUCGAGGAGGUUCUCGGAGAAACGUAUGCGUCUUCAAAAGAAUCGGAGGAUCCUCGCUGCUUACAAUUGCGACUGCGGCGACCGUCCGCGUCUUCUCACCGAGUCACGGUUCGAAGGAGACGAAGAGAUCGUAUAUCUUCACUGCCUCGCCUCACGACCCUCUUUGAGCUGUGACGGUUUGCUCUGCUUCCCCGAACAAGACUGGAUCAUUGUUUUGAAUCCAUCCACCAGACAGCUCCGGCGAUUCCCUUCUGGCUUGAACCAUAAGUGCAGAUUUGGAUUCGGAUUAUGGUCGAGCUUCUCUCCGGAAAACUGGGCGAUAGGUUUCGGUAGAGACAAGGUUAGGGGGAGCUUUAAAGUAGUGAGGUUGUGUUUUUCUUUUCGGGAAAUUGGGCAAGAGGAACCUGUGUUGGAAUGUGGUGUUCUUGAUGUUCAAACUGGUGUAUGGAGUAAACUGAGUCCACCUCCUCAUGUAGUUAAUCCCGGAAGCAAAUCUGUCUGUGUGAAUGGAUCCAUCUACUGGUUACACGUUGAUGUUUACGUUGAAAAACAUUAUAAAAUACUUGCACUGGAUCUUGAUAAACAAGAGUUCAACAAAUUCUCAGUUCCGCCUACACGAGCUACGAAGGAAUCGCGGUUAGUGAACCUUGAGGAACGUCUAGCGUUUGUCAAAACAAAUGUUUUGCCUAUAUGGAGGAUAGAGAUAUGGAGCACGGAUACAUAUCAAAAACGAUGGAGCAAGACUUUUUCCAUACACUUAAAACUUGAUGUUGUUUCCUGGCCAAAGCGGAGAAGGUGGUUCACGCCAGUGGCAGUUUCUAAGCAAGGGAAUCUUGUCUUCUAUGACAAUCAGAACAAACUGUUUAAGUAUUAUCCAAGGACAAAUGAGACUUGGUGUCUCUCCGUGGACACUUGUGUUAUAUCUCCAUACGUGGAGAAUUUGGUAUCACUUCCUUUGAAACCGAGUCAUUCGUAUCCUCAUGUAAGUGUGGAAACAAGGAUGUCCAGAUGCCGCUUGUUUUCCAAGGAGUCGAGUUCUUGGAUAUUCAAAGCAUUGCAACGUAAUGAAUUUAGGAUCCUAGAGAUUUUGUUCACGUCUUUAGUAGUAGCUGGUUAUAUAUGCUCACCUCGAAAGUAGGAUUCACUUGUUUGUGUCCAACUAUUAUUAUUAAUUUGAUAUUUAUUUUGCUAGGUUGUUUCUCUUCUCUUUUGAGUAGCAAUUAAAUCAAUAUAAGUGAAUUUAUAUUC